GCGCCCCCUUCUUUCUGACGCCCCUCAGCAUCGGACGCAGAAGCUUGCUAGAUUUGUGUGUGUUCGCGUGCCACUCGGCGAAGUAGGAUGCGGCAUUGAGGCGGGAAAUUCAAAAACGGAAGGUCUAUCACAUCCUGUGCUGAAUCCACAUUUUAAAGACGGUGUGUGCAGUACCGCGAUUAGGAUUCUUUUUUUUUCUUUCUGAGCGUGGGUUUUCCGUGGCGACAUGAGGUGCUGUCAAGUGGUGUUUGUGCUCGUCGUCAUCUGCGUUUUGCUGGAUUCCAGUUCUGCUCUUUUCUUUGGGGGUGAAAAACCGGAAGAGAAAAAGAGCAAUGAGGUGGCACCAAUAGCAGAGGUAACCACCGAUUUUUUUGAGGGCCGAAUAGCGCAUCACACGGACAUACCUUACAUCCGUCCUCUACGAGACCCAGACAACACGGUACCGGUUAUACCAGAUGCUGCGGAGCAUAGGAUGGAUGACUCUGCCAGUGAAAGCAAGGCAGGCGAUGGCCAUAUGCGUGAUAAACUAAAUGACACAGCCUUCGAGGCGCGCAGCGACACAUCACAGGGAUUCUCUCCAAUGGGGGACGAAUCUGAUGAAAACUGCACUACAACGGAAUUCCCUGGACAGACUCUCCAGAUAGAAUCACGACAACUCGGAGAUACAGGACGUUCAGCUCGGUUCUGUCGUGACACAAGGUACCCUGGAUACUACAGGCCAAGACGGCCCACACCCUCGUAUCCCGUCUAUCCCGCUGUCUACGUCCCAGCUGCCUAUGGAUACCGACCGUACUACAGACCAGAAAUACCAGAGGUGAAGUUGUUUCAGUGCACCUUCGAGAACCACGCUUGUGGCUUCAGGAAUCAGGAAAACAUUCCGAACCACUUCAGGCGUGUUUCGGACUCCGUCGGAAAUCGUGGAGGUCACUACAUGUCAGUGGACGCGCAGGAGUUUGGCCACUCGGUUUCUCGUCUCAUCACCCCUUACCUUCCUGGGUAUCGAGGUGCCUGGGCCUGUCUCGGUUUCAGUUUCAUCAUUGCAGGGCCAGGGGCCGAUAGAAUCGAAGUGUUGGCACAGAGCAACGAGACUCGACGACUUCUCAGUCUGUCCCAGGACACCUACCGCUGGGACGACUUCCAGUACCACAUUUUCGUGCCUCAGGACGUGAGGUUCUUCAUUGAAGCCUACACGACCAACAAAGGCAGAGGAGUGAUUGCCAUCGACAAUUUCACGUACUACUUCGGAAACUGCAGGCACGAUGUGCAGAGCUGAUAAGACUUGGUCUUCGCAGCUGUCUUUCACGUGUCUUUCACGAGCGCAGCCAUCACGCCGAGGGAGGGGCUAUAUUUUUAAUGUACAGAUUGCGGCUACAAAGGGAGUAGCCAACCCGAGAGAUGCUCGUUAAUAUGACUGAUAUUCCGCGCCUAUUUAUGACAUAUGCAUUAACAUCUGCGUAAAAUCUUUCGAUUGAUGUGUGAUAACGAAUGCCUGAAUAAAUUGUUGCGCCGUUACGUUAUAUAA